AUGAGGUUGUCCACCCUUUACCCACAGGGAACGCCGUUCGCGGUCCCAGAACUUCACGAUGCGAUUUUCUCUGGCUUCGACCAGACCGACUUCACGAACUUCGCAUGCACUUCAAAGUGGAACCGGGCGAUCACGCGCGAGCACCUUGCACGCGUCUACAACAUUGCAAAAGCGCUCGGUCGGUACAUGGCCGUCGAAGACGUCCCUAGGUUCCAAGCCAUACAGAAGUACACCGGAAUGAUCAUCUCUGGGUCGUUUGCGCUACGAUUCAUGGGCCAGUACUCUUUCGUGGAAAGCGACCUCGACCUGUACAUCCCUUACUCGACAGCCAUGAUCGUCAUCCACUUUUUGACGUGCAGAGGAUACACGUACACGCCGAGAUCGACCCAGGAUCCCGACUUGUACAGCGCACUUGAGUACACAGACCCCGCGCUAGUGGUCGCUCACGACGCCCUCAGUGAGUCGGAAAGACGCGACUGGCAACCGUAUUCGAAUCAUGUUGGAACUUUUACGUUCAUGCGCGGAGAGACGAAGGUGCAAGUUAUGACGUGCCGGUACAACGCCAUCUGCGCGUUAUUCGACUUUCAUAGUACUGUUGUCAUGAACGCCAUCACUCACGAUGCAGCCAUAUCCCUCUACCCAUACGAGACGUUCAUCCACAAGCGCAACCUCGUCAUCGAUCCAUGGGAAUACAACGUCGAUCAUACGAGUCGCCAGCAAGCGGCCGUCAUGAAGUACGCUGCGCGCGGCUGGCGUAUGAUCAAGGAUGUCGAUAUCAUAGAAGGACUGAAUAGUUCGCGCGAGUAUGGCAGGCUGUGCCGCUUCGUCGGCGACUCCAUGACGCGCGUUAUUCCACUGUCAGCCAAGUAA